AUGGCAUCACGUUCGUUUCCACGCUUUCGAUGGAAUGUCGCGCAAGCUAGAUUUCCGUCGCGACGGAAUCUCUCCACUCCUUCAAAGCACUCAACACCGGACCCUCGCUCCCGGCUACGUCAAUUCAAUGAUCGUCUUCCCCGCUUUCUCCGUACCUUUACAACGCCCUUACUGGGAGCUCCGGUGACCCAUGUUACAUCCUUCCUCAUCUUGCACGAAAUUACCGCCAUUGUGCCCUUGUUUGGGCUAGUCGCGGCGUUCCAUUACGGCAAUUGGAUGCCAGAUCUAGCAUCAGGAUCAGGGGAAAACAAUGCAUUCGAUGAAGGAGCUGCACGAUUUGGGCGCUGGCUCAGGAAGAAAGGUUGGGUCGACGAAACGGACGUCAGUGUUGUCGCGGAGCAUGAAGUAACGGCAUCUGGAGCUACUACCGGGAAGGAAGGGGCAGGCGUGCGGCUGAUCCUCGAAUUUGCGACAGCCUAUGCGAUUACAAAAGCGCUAUUGCCUGUUCGGAUAGCGGCGAGUGCUUGUGCAACGCCGUGGUUUGCGCGAGUCAUUCUUAACCCAACAACCAAAGCAGCUAAGCGGCUAUUUGGGAGGAGUUGA